UUUGGAUAGACUCCCGCGUCUGUCCGGUGCGAACUUUAGCAUCAGUUCGAGGUCCCUCUACACCUGCACCUCCAGAGGGGUCAGGUCUCUUCACUGCCCGGAGGAGGAAUUCAGCCAUGUUAGUUCCGACCUGUCUAUUAUGAUGUUUAAAUUGACAUGAUGUUAAUCUGAAUAUUGUUGAGUCUCUGCCACUUUGUCCGUGGUUUACAGUUUAAGACAUACUUAAUAUUUCACAUCAACACGUACAGGCUGCAAAUCAAUUAAUUACUCUCUGGCCUCACUCUAAAAUCGAGUGAGAUGAAACACAGGUUACCUCGCUGUUGAAGAACUGAAAGUGAAACUCUAUUAUGGUUAAGAAUCGUUUCACGGGGAUUACUAUUUCUACAGAUCUUGUACAGCCAGUAGUCAGUUGCAGUGUAGUCAGUUGCAGUGUAUUAACCGUUUUUAUCGCAAAUCAUGAAUUAUACGCUGAACCAACAUUAUGAGGAGAAGGUGCGUCCUAGUAUUGACCUCAUCGACUCUCUACGCUCCCUUGGCGUAGAGAAGGACCUUGCCCUGCCUGCCAUCGCCGUGAUAGGGGACCAGAGUUCGGGAAAGAGCUCCGUGCUGGAGGCGCUGUCUGGGGUGGCUUUGCCAAGGGGGAGUGGUAUUGUAACACGAUGCCCCCUCGAGCUGAAGAUGAAAAGGAAGAAAGAAGGAGAGGAAUGGCACGGAAAAAUCAGCUACCAGGACCGUGAGGAGGAGAUUGAGGAUCCCUCUGAUGUGGAGAACAAAAUUCGGAAAGCCCAGGAUGAAAUGGCAGGUGUGGGGGUGGGUAUCAGUGAUGACCUCAUCAGCUUGGAGAUUGGCUCCCCUGACGUCCCAGACCUCACACUCAUCGACUUGCCAGGCAUCGCCCGUGUAGCUGUCAAGGGUCAACCUGAGAACAUUGGGGAACAGAUUAAGAGACUGAUACGGAAGUUCAUCACAAAGCAAGAAACAAUUAACUUGGUGGUUGUGCCAUGCAACGUUGACAUUGCAACCACAGAGGCUUUGAAGAUGGCACAAGAGGUGGACCCUGAAGGGGAAAGGACAUUAGGCAUCCUGACCAAGCCCGACUUGGUAGACAAAGGCACAGAGGAGACUGUGGUGGACAUAGUUCAUAAUGAGGUUAUCCAGCUGACUAAGGGCUACAUGAUAGUCAAGUGCAGGGGACAGAAAGAGAUCAUGGAGCGAGUCUCACUGACCGAGGCCACAGAGAGGGAGAAGGCUUUCUUCAAAGAGCACGCUCAUCUCAGCACACUUUAUGAUGAGGGGCAUGCCACCAUCCCUAAACUGGCGGAGAAAUUAACUCUUGAACUAGUGCAACAUAUCGAGAAAUCCAUGCCUCGUCUAAAAGAGCAGAUUGAGGAAAAGCUGGAGGAGACACGCACCGCUCUGGAGAAAUGUGGUAACGGACCCCCUGAAGACCCAAAAGAGCGGCUGUAUUUUCUGAUCGAUAAAGUGACUUUGUUCACCCAGGAUGCAAUUAACCUGAGCACUGGGGAGGAGCUGAAAAGUGGAGACAUCAAUGUCUUCUCCACACUCAGAACAGAGUUUGGGAAAUGGAAGGCACACGUGGAUCGCUCUGGAAAGAACUUUAAAAAGAAGAUUGAAAAAGAAGUGGAUGAUUAUGAGAAGACGUACCGUGGAAGGGAGCUCCCAGGGUUCAUCAACUACAAGACCUUUGAGGUGAUUGUGAAGGACCAGAUCAAACAACUGGAAGAACCAGCAGUCAAGAAGCUGAAAGAGUUAUCAGAUGCUGCUAGGAAGGCGUUCAUACUGCUGGCUCAGAACAGCUUCACAGGUUUCCCUAUCCUUCUGAAAACAGCAAAGACUAAGAUCGAGACCAUCAAGCAGGAGAAGGAGUCUAUGGCUGAGUCCACGUUGAGGACUCAGUUCAAGAUGGAGCUGAUAGUGUACACACAGGACAGCACAUACAGCUCUAGCCUGAAGAAGAGGAAGAGGGAGGAGGAAGAGUUGGAGGAGGGAGAGUUAGUUAAAAAUCAUUUAGGGAGUCAGAAAGGGUUCUCUGUCUCUGUAAGGAGUACUGUCAACGGCCUUGACACCCAUGCUACCCUACGGGAGAUGAUGCUGCACCUCAAGUCCUAUUAUCAUAUUGCCAGUCAGCGUCUGGCUGAUCAGAUUCCCAUGGUGAUCCGCUACCUGGUGCUGCAGGAGUUUGCUUCCCAGCUGCAGAGGGAGAUGCUUCAGACUCUGCAGGAGAAGGACAACAUCGAGCAGCUGCUGAAAGAGGACAUCGACAUCGGCAGCAAGAGGACUGCACUGCAGAGCAAGCUCAAACGCCUGAUGAAGGCACGCAACUAUCUAGUGGAGUUCUAGUAUGGACAGCUGCUUGUUAACAUUUAGGAUGGUCUUGUCUAACUUCAAAUAGGUUGGUUAAUGGAAGUAGGCAUUGGGGUUUGGGGUAGAUUCUGUUAUCUAAGUUAUAAUAAAGUUACUAUGCAGUCAAGUUCUUUUAUCGUUUUUUUGUUUAUAAUAUUAAACUCAAAUGCAGCUAGCCUACCUGGUGGAGUGGAAGCUGCCUGAUAGCAUUUGGGAACAGAGAAGGAAGUGCAAUCUUUUUAUUAAUAGGCAAUGUAUAAUUUAUUUCUGAUAUCUUCACUUGUGUUUUGUCGUUUAUAUUUCUGAAUAUUUUUUAUUUUUUUAUUUAACGUGCUUCCUCUUUAUCAUGUUUGGAUGGGCCUGUGGGGACCACAGAACAUCAACUUACCCACUGGGCAAAAACUGUUUGAAUCAACAUUGUUUCUACAUCAUUUCAGCCCUUGUGAAAAAAUCCUACAGGAUUAGUGAUUUUUUUUCAAUAGAAUCUCGUCACCUCUAUCAGAAUCCUUUUGGAAUCCUAUUAGAAUCUAUUGGAAAUAAAAAAAAGUAAUCAUAUUGGAUUCUAUAGGAUUCUCACAGUCCUAUAGGAUGUUGUGUCACCUGUAUUAGAAUCCUAUUGGAAUUAUAUUGGACAGUUUUUUCCUAUUGGGAAUCAAAAGUAAUCCUAUCAGACCCUAUACAAUUCUUGCAGUCCUAUAGGAUUGUGUAUCACCUCUACCAGAAUCCUAUUGGAAUCCUAUAUUGGACUAGUUUUUUUCCUAUUGUUUUUUUUAACAAUACAAAACAUCCACAAACAAACAAAAACAUACAGACGCACACAAACAUUCACAUCAUCUCCAGCGCCCACCUCAAAUGGCACCAUUUUGUUUCUCUCCGUCGCCCACACUCUUUCAACAUUUAGAUUACAAGUAUUUAGCUAAACAUCUGCUAAACAUGUGACAAAUACAAUUUGAUUUGAUUAGAUAAUAAAGCAUUUGACCUUUCCAUAGUGUUAACGAUGCAGGAUUGAUUGUUUUUUCAGGAUAAUUGACAAGAACAGCAUCAUCCAACCAAUCGGGUAUCUCACAGAAACAUCAUAUGCCAUCUCUUGAAAUAUGGAGAGAGAUGGAUAUUUUUUAUUUUUUUCAAACCCUGUCUGCAGAUGAAGAGGUCCCAACGAAUGUCCCAAUAUAAUAAGGGUACAUCAUUGUAUACCAUGGAUUAUACACUGAACAGAAAUAGAAACGCAACAUGUAAAGUGUUGGUUCCAUGAGCUGAAAUAAAAGAUCGCAGAAAUGUUCCAUAUGCGCUAAAAGCUUGUCUCUCAAAUGUUCAGCACAAAUUGGUUUCCAACCCUGUUAGUGAGCAUUUCUCCUUUGCCAAGAUAAUCUAUUCACCUGACAGUUGUGGCAUAUCAAGAAGCUGAUUAAACAGCAUGAUCAUUACACAGGUGCACCUUGUGCUGGGGAAAAUAAAAGGCCACUCUAAAAUUAGCAGUUUUGUCACACAGCACAUUGCCACAGAUGUCUCAAGUUUUGAGGGAGUGUGCAAUAGGCAUGCUGACUGCAGGAAUGUCCACCAGAGCUGUUGCCAGAGAAUUGAAUGUACAUUUUUGCUUCUUCAUCUGCAGGAUUGUCUGUGAUGGAAACAAGUCAUUGUUAGUAUAUGACACACACUUACUGUUUGUGUGCCGGCCAAUGCGAUUUUGGUUUCUCUCACCAGAACACACCUCAAAUAUCUUUUACAUUUUCAGAAAAUGUUCUUUGAUUGCAGAACGCCCAUUUUCAUCAAGGCUGAAAGGGGCCAAUAUUGAAGUGGGUGUCCUGUGUGGUUAAUUAUUUUUUUGAAGAAGUUAAGAGACUAAACUAGGAGUCAGUUUUGUAGUACAAUCUAUUAAAUCCGAGUUAAAGCUCACCGCAAAGGUAGUCAAUGCCAUUCAAUGGAAAUUGACAGCUGGCAUUGUGAGUGAUCAAUGAAGACACCAUGAGACUGUUCAUGAGCUUUUAAUUAUUGUUGUUGCAUUUGUAUGUGAAUACUUGUUGUAUAAUUUGCUGGUUGUAAAUAAUUACAAACAUGUUAAAGGCUGUGAUAAAUGUGUUAUUUGUUAGGCUUAGCUAAAUUGCAAAAUGUAACAAUGGAGUGGAAAAUAUGUUGACAACAACAGCUUCGAUUGAUUGCAGUGUUAUUCAAUGUGUAAUUCCAAUAAAAACAUGCUUGGUUAAAACUUU